GUUCCAAGCAAUAGAAAAUGAAGAGAAAGACAAGAAACUUCAAACAUAAGGCAGUUAAAGACAGUAAAACAUUCAUAGAAGUGAGUGAUCAAGAAUCUGAAAAAGAUGGUAGUCAAUGCUAUGACUCGGCAACACAUGACAGAGUUCAGGCUGAAAAGAGACAAUAUGUAUGUACUGAGUGUGGGAAAGCCUUUAGUCAGAGUGCCAACCUUACAGUGCAUGAGCGGAUCCAUACAGGGGAGAAACCCUAUAAGUGUAAGGAGUGUGGGAAAGCCUUCAGUCAUAGCUCCAACCUUGUGGUUCAUCGGAGAAUCCACACUGGACUAAAGCCUUAUACUUGUAGUGAAUGUGGGAAAUCUUUCAGUGGUAAGUCACACCUCAUUCGGCACCAGGGAAUCCACAGUGGGGAAAAGACGUUUGAAUGUAAGGAGUGUGGGAAAGCUUUUAGUCGGAGUUCAGGGCUUAUUUCACACCACAGAGUUCACACUGGGGAGAAGCCCUACACUUGUAUUGAGUGUGGGAAAGCCUUUAGCCGCAGUUCAAACCUUACACAACAUCAGAGAAUGCACAAAGGAAAAAAAAUUUACAAGUGCAAGGAGUGCGGGAAAACUUGUGGUUCUAAUACAAAGAUUAUGGACCAUCAGAGAAUUCACACGGGGGAGAAACCCUACGAAUGUGAUGAAUGUGGAAAAGCUUUCAUCUUAAGGAAGACCCUUAAUGAACAUCAGAGACUUCAUCGAAGAGAGAAGCCUUACAAAUGUAAUGAGUGUGGGAAAGCAUUUACUUCUAAUCGAAACCUUAUUGAUCAUCAGAGAGUCCACACUGGAGAGAAACCCUAUAAAUGUAAUGAGUGUGGGAAAACCUUCAGGCAGACUUCUCAAGUUAUUCUACAUUUGAGAACCCACACUAAAGAGAAACCCUAUAAGUGUAGUGAGUGUGGGAAAGCCUAUCGUUACAGCUCACAACUUAUUCAACAUCAGAGAAAACAUAAUGAAGAGAAAGAAACCUUGUAAAUAACAAACAUUGGCAGUAAUAUAGCUAAAU